AUGAAGAUGGCGAUUCAGGCAGUUCGUCUGCCCCUCAGAAACAUCACGGGUAUUCCGACGCGCUCUGGUUACCCCUCUUUUGCUGCACGGACAGUUCUCCAGGCCUCAAACAGACAGGCAACAAUUCCAACUCGGUCGCGGCCUUUCACUACAUUUCUGCAUUUACAUCAAAAACCAACUGAAAAGCAAAAAUCAGACCCUAAUUAUUAUGGGUCAAAGCCACCUGAAACUCCACUGGCGAUGAGCUUUGAGUCGAUUGGUAUCGGCAAAAACCUCAAGCUUCUGAUCCUCACUAUGUUAGCCGUUUCAGGCACAAUAGAAGUGCUCACUUAUGGCAGAGAAAUUUGGCUCUGGUGGAAAGGCAGCGAGGGCGAUGAAGUUUGA